GGAGUUCCGCCACCGAAACAGGUGUCUGAAGAGCAACGCAAAGAAGCGGAGAGAUUGAAGAACGAGGGCAACGAACUCAUGAAGAGUGAACAGUUUGAGAAAGCGCUGGAAAUGUAUGGCCGGGCUAUCGAUUUGGACGCUUCCAACGCUGUCUACUUCUGCAACAGAGCGGCCGCGCACUCGAAGCUUAAUAACCACGAGUUUGCGUUAGAGGACUGUAAGCGUGCCAUCACUUGCGAUCCCGGCUAUAGUAAGGCUUACGGAAGAAUGGGAUUGGCGUUCGGUAACUUGAAUGACCACUUGAAGUCACGCGACUGUUAUCGCAAAGCCGUAGAACUCGACCCAAGCAAUGAAAGCUAUAGAAAUAAUUUGAAAAUAGCCGAAGACAAAGUGGCGGAACAAUCGUCUCAAUUUGGUAAUCCAUUUGACUUGAGUUCCCUGUUGUCGAACCCGGCGCUCAUGAAUAUGGCCACACAACUCAUGAGUGAUCCCAAUAUGCAGAAUCUAAUGGGUGGUUUGAUGUCGGGUGCGAUGCCUAACAACAAUCAGGAGCCCACCCCUGAAGCCGGUGCCGGUCCCCCUGGCGGUGGACUCGAGGCACUUCUGCAGGCUGGCCAACAAAUCGCGGCCCAAAUGCAGGCAUCAAAUCCUGAUUUAGUGAAUCAGUUGCGGAAUGUGAUGACU